GACAGCUGACGGGAGCUACAGGGAGAGCACUAGCAGGCUUCGCCAUGUCAUCGGUGGGAAUGCAGAUGCUGGCCAGCAUCCUGGCAGUGGUGGGCUGGGCGGGGGUGAUCGGCGCCUGCGGGAUGCCCAUGUGGAGGGUGACAGCCUUCAUCGGCAACAACAUUGUGACGGCGCAGACCAUCUGGGAGGGCAUCUGGAUGAACUGCGUGGUGCAGAGCACCGGGCAGAUGCAGUGCAAGUCGUACAGCUCCCUGCUGUCGCUCAGUGCUGACCUGCAGGCUGCCCGCGCCCUGAUGGCUCUCUCCAUCUCCGUGGGUUUGGUGGGCCUCCUCCUGACUUUCGUCGGGGGCAAGUGCACCAGCUUCGUACAGGGAGAGGUCAGGAAGGCCAGAAUCAUAAUCACCGCAGGGGGCGUUCUCAUCGCCUCCGGAGUCCUGUGCCUCAUUCCCGUUUCCUGGUCUGCCAGCACCAUCAUCAGAAACUUCUACAACCCUCUGCUGAUUGACGCCCAGCGCAGGGAGAUGGGCGCCUCUCUAUUUUCUGUUGGAACCAUGGCUCUCCAGGUUCUGGGCAUCACCAUGUCGAUGACAGGGCUGGUGGGCACCAUCGUGAUCUGCGCCCUUCCGAUGUGGAGGGUGACGGCUUUCAUAGGCACCAACAUCGUGGUGGCUCAGGUCUUCUGGCAGGGCCUGUGGAUGAACUGCGUGUACGAGAGCACGGGGCAGAUGCAGUGCAAGAUCUACGACGCCCUGCUGGACCUCUCCCCCGACCUGCAGGCCGCCAGGGGCCUGGUGGUCAUCACCAUCGUGCUGGCCUGCCUGGGCUUCCUCAUCUUCCUGGUGGGCGCCCAAUGCACAAACUGCCUGGACAACCCCAGAGUUAAGGCUCGCCUGGUGCUGGCGUCAGGGGUCACCUUCAUGCUCUCUGGCCUCACCACCUUGGUGCCUGUCUCUUGGACUGCCAGCUCCAUCAUCCAGGACUUCUACAACCCCCUUGUGCCUGAGGCACUUAAGAGGGAGCUGGGAGCUGCUCUCUACGUGGGUUGGGUGACCGCUGGCUUCCUGCUCUUCGGAGGGGCGGUCCUCUGCACCACCUGUCCUCCCGAGAAGGUCAGCUACCCUGCUAGGUACACCAUGGGGAAAGUCUCCACCCACAGCAGCAGCUACGCGAUAAAGAACUACGUGUGA